GUUUAAGCUCAUUGAUGGGGGCGCAGUGCUUCUUCCUCACUGCGGAAAACCACAGUUAAUGCAUGUUAUCUCCCCCUUUACUUUCCUCUUUUUCUGUAACAAAGCAACUCAAAUUCUUUUCAUCUUUGAAUAUUUCGAAAGCCCAGAACCUUAUUCCUUAGAUCUGCCGCGUUUUUGCUUCAAAGCUUUGAUUUUUUGCCGUAAUAUUUGCCGGACAAGCCAUUGUUUCCGGCGCUGUAAGUUCGAUCGUUUCCAACCCAACUGGUUUUGGGUUGAGCGGUUGAGGCAAUGACGAUCAAGGUGUUACAGAGGGAUAAGGAUUCUGAGAAAAUCAUCUGGGAUCAGAUGAAGAACCCUUCUUCCGGCACGCCUCGUUCGGUUCCUGGGUCGCAGAAUCGAGCCAUGGCCAAAUUCAUGGUCUGGCUCAUUCUAUUUGUGUCCGUUACCUACGUGGUGUAUACUCUCAAGCUGGUUUCUAGCUCCAGGACUUGCAACGACGACGUUUUCCCUCACCGACAUAGCGCCGCCUUGCCCAUUCGCCGGGAAAUCAACUCCACGGCGGUCCGGGGAAGUGAGAGAACGGGGUUGGAGCAUAUAGUGUUCGGCAUUGCGGCGUCGGCGAAGCUGUGGGACAAGCGGAAGAAUUACACGAAGCUAUGGUGGAAGCCGGAGGAGAAGAUGAGGGGAAUAGUGUGGUUGGACAAGGCGGUGAAGACGGCGAAAGGGGAGGGUUCAUCCCUCCCGGAAUUGAGAAUCUCCGAGGACACCUCGCGGUUCGCGUACAAGAACCGGCAGGGGCACCGGUCCGCCAUCCGGAUUUCGCGGAUCGUGUCGGAGACUCUCCGGUUGGGGAUGGAGAACGUGCGGUGGUUCGUGAUGGGGGACGAUGACACCGUUUUUGUAACUGAUAAUUUGGUUAGGAUUCUCAACAAGUAUGAUCAUAAUCAGUUUUACUAUAUUGGGAGUUCCAGUGAGAGCCAUUUGCAGAACAUUUACUUCUCUUAUAGUAUGGCUUAUGGGGGUGGUGGCUUUGCCAUUAGCUACCCAUUGGCUAAAGCUCUUGACAAAAUGCAGGAUAGGUGCAUUCAGAGAUACCCCGGGCUCUAUGGCUCCGAUGAUCGAAUGCAAGCUUGUAUGUCUGAACUCGGUGUUCCACUCACCAAAGAACUUGGCUUCCACCAGUAUGAUGUAUACGGGAACUUAUUCGGGUUGCUAGCAUCGCAUCCGGUGACACCAUUGGUCACGUUGCAUCAUCUGGAUGUGGUGGAACCGAUCUUUCCCAAUGUUUCACGAGUGCAAGCUCUAAAGCGGCUUCUAAUUCCAGCGAGCCUCGACUCAGCUGGUAUUUUGCAACAAUCGAUAUGCUAUGACAAAGCGAGGAGUUGGACAAUCUCUGUUUCGUGGGGCUUUGCGGUUCAGAUUUUUCGUGGGGUGUUGUCUCCCCGUGAAAUAGAAAUGCCAUCGAGGACGUUCUUGAAUUGGUACAAGAGAGCGGAUUAUACAGCCUAUCCUUUUAACACGAGGCCCGUAAUGAGGAACCCGUGCCAAAAGCCUUUUGUCUUUUAUUUGUCGAGUGCAAAAAUGGAUCCUUUUGGUAAUCAAACGGUCAGCAAGUAUACUCGUCACCGAGUUCCUCAUCCCGCGUGCAAAUGGAAAAUGGCACAACCGUCUGAAAUUGAGAGAAUAGAGGUUUAUAAGAAGCCCGAUCCACAUUUAUGGGAUAGAUCUCCGAGGAGGAACUGCUGCAGAGUCUUAAAUUCCGAGGGAAAAAGCAUGGCGGUGGAUGUGGGUGUAUGUAGGGAAGACGAGGUCAGUGAAAUAUGAUAAUCCGAAAUUUUGAGGGACGUUAGUUUUCCAAGGCAACUUUUCUCCGGCAACUCCUAUGUGUAUCUCUCUUCAUUCAUUAAAUUUUCCUUGGCGACAUUUUUCUUAGGUCUUCCCAAGCUAGCCCCUAGUUCCGAGCCCCCCGGGCAUCGCCACUAGGGGGAAAGAAAUGAAUUAGUUUAGCAAAUAUUCUCGGUGUAUACUUGUAAUAUUUAUUAAGACGAUUAGUGCAGUGUAGGCUUCUGGAUUCUAUCUAUUUUUUUAACCCCCCUCAUCGGGUUAUGCACUCUCUCUCUUCAAUUUUCGUCUCUGAUCAAAGGUCAAGAGUGCUAAACUGGACUCAUCUCUAUUUGCAUUUUGGUUUUUAAGAGUGCUUAUAU